AUGUCAGAUCGAAUGUCCGUCGGCGCGAGUACAUCUUCUGCUGCUUUAAGUGCUGUACCUGCCAUACCGUUGUCGGAUCUAAAACUACCGCGCAUGAAUUUGCCCGUGUUCAGUGGAAACUAUCUCGAGUGGCAAUCUUUCAUCGAUCUGUUUCGUAGCAUGGUUGAUCAGAACCCUUCCCUAAGAGAUAGCCAAAAAUUAUACUUUCUCAAAACCAAUCUCUCCGGUGAAGCGGCGUCGCUCAUUUCGCAUCUCAAAAUUGAGGAUGCAAAUUACGCUCCUGCUAGGGGAAAGCUAAAGUCACGCUACGAUAAACCACUAGAGAUAGCCCACAAGCACAUCGAACGCUUUCUGAAUCAACCAUCGAUGACAUCACCGUCUGCUGAUGGAGUGCGCUCUCUACAUGAUGUCUCUGAUGAAGUCGUUCGCGCUCUACAAGCUAUGCAGAGAAAGGAUCGUGACACGUGGCUACUCUUCAUUCUCAUCGAAAAGCAUGACCAUGAAACCAAACAGCUCUGGAACCAGAGAGUUGCUGAUAUGCCCGAAACAGCCGUAACCCUAAAGGCAUUCCUUUCGUUCAUCGACUCCCGCAGUUUAGCUUUGCAAUCUUCACAGCCCGUCAAGCAACGAGCCGUUGCUACCUACAAGCCUCAUAUGAAGCCAUCGUAG